UUGUUACAAGUUACAGAAACGGCAAUCAGCUACACAAAAAAUUCAGCUCAACAAAUCAUACCAAUUGGGCAAAAACAUGCACGCCAAGAAACACAUGCUCUAUCCCUUAUAACGCACUAAUAUCCCUGGCCUUAACUGACAAUUCCCAUGCAAAAUUAGCCAAUAGUCCUUUCAUUUCCUGUCAUCCCAAAACCAUGAUCAACCCUUGGAGCAAUCCAACUUCCUCCUCCUCCUCCUCUUCCUCAGAGGAUUGUCUUGUCGGGAACUUUGUUUGCAGGCGGAUGUUUUUCUUACAACAUCUUCAAAUUUUGGAUAUAAUUCUUGCUCUUCUCGUCUUUAUUGCUAUACAUUCCUUGAGGCAAAAAAGACGUUAUGGCCUGCCUGUGUGGCCAUUUCUAGGCAUGCUACCAUCUUUAGUGUCAGGUCUCCAGUCCGACAUGUACGAGUGGAUAUCCGAUAUAAUUUGCCAGCAAAAUGGGACUUUCAAGUUCAAAGGUCCAUGGUUUAGUAGUCUCAAUUGCGUGGUUACUGCUGAUCCGAGGAACCUUGAGCAUCUUCUCAAGACCAAAUUCUCUGUUUUCCCCAAAGGGCCUUAUUUUCGUGACACUGUUCGUGAUCUGCUUGGAGAUGGAAUAUUUAGUGCAGAUGAUGAGACCUGGCAACGGCAAAGGAAAACAGCGAGCAUUGAGUUCCACUCGGCUAAGUUCAGGCAAUUGACCACCGAGUCAUUGCUCGAGCUUGUUCACGCCAGGCUUUUGCCUGUCUUGGAAAAUGCAGUAAACAAAUCAAUCUCCAUUGAUCUCCAAGAUAUCCUGUUGAGAUUAACUUUCGAUAAUGUUUGCAUGAUAGCCUUUGGUGUUGACCCCGGGUGUCUGCGUCCUGGACUGCCCGAAAUACCAUUCGCCAGAGCCUUUGAGGACGCAACUGAGGCUACCGUGCUACGCUUUGUUACGCCAACAUGUAUAUGGAAAGCCACGAGGUACCUUGAUUUGGGAACUGAAAAGAAGCUGAAAAGAUCGAUCAAAGGCGUGGACCAAUUUGCUGAAGAAGUUAUUAGAACAAGGAAAAAGGAGCUGUCCUUACAAGGUGAAGAAAAGAAUCAGAGAUCAGAUUUAUUAACAGUAUUUAUGAGGUUGAAAGAUGAGCAGGGAAAGCCAUUUUCAGACAAGUUCCUGCGUGAUAUUUGUGUGAAUUUUAUACUUGCCGGGAGAGAUACUUCUUCAGUGGCAUUGAGCUGGUUUUUCUGGUUGCUGGAAAAGAAUCCAACGGUCGAGGAACAAAUUCUUGCAGAGAUAUGCAGAAUUAUCAGUGAAAGAGAAGAGAUGAAAAACGGAGAAGUAAGAAGUCCGUUGAUAUUUAGAGCAGAGGAGAUAAAGAAGAUGGAUUAUUUGCAAGCUGCAUUAUCAGAGGCUCUGAGAUUGUAUCCUUCCGUUCCCGUGGAUCACAAGGAGGUUGUUGAAGAUGACGUAUUUCCAGAUGGAACAGUGCUCAAGAAAGGAACAAAAGUAAUUUAUGCAAUCUAUGCAAUGGGACGGAUGGAAACCAUAUGGGGAAAAGACUGCAGGGAGUAUAAACCAGAGAGAUGGUUAAGGGAUGGCAGGUAUAUUAGCGAGUCAGCUUACAAAUUCAGCGCCUUCAAUGGUGGUCCUCGGCUCUGCUUAGGAAAAGAUUUUGCUUAUUACCAGAUGAAGUUUGUUGCUGCCUCCAUCAUAUACCAUUAUCGCGUGAAGGUGGUGAAAGGUCAUCCUGUUGCACCAAAACUUGCGUUGACCAUGUACAUGAAGCAUGGCCUUAAGGUGAACCUAAUCAAGCGAGACGAAACACUGCUUCAAAACUACCUGAAGAUGCAUAUUUAAAUAUCUUGAAGAAACCCUCUGUUAAUAACUAUACUUUCUCAUGCUCUUUUUCUUUACUUUUUUUUUUCCAGAUAUUUUGAAGGUAUUGAACCAACUAUAGGAUUGUAUCCUGUAGAGUGGCAUUUGGUUAUGUUUAGGAUGGUAUGAUAAUGGAUUUGUUUUCCAGAUAUCAUGUUCUCAUUUUUCUCUCUUCAACUAUAGACUGAAUCUAGGUGAACGAAAACACCUCAUUCAAGCCAUCCAGUGGCGGAGGUAGGAUUUCUAUUAAAAGGAAGUGUACAAUCAUUUACGUACACAUUAUAUUAUUCUUAAUUUUAUGCA